AUGAGAAAGGAUACUAGAGGGCAGAACUAUCUGAUGGUAGAUCAGGGCUAUAGCAUCAAGGAGUUUAUAAGAUUGAACCCUCCUACUUUUGAGGGAGGACCUAAUCCAGUGACUGCAGAAAAUUGGGUUCAGCAAAUAGAGGAGAUACUGGAAGUACUUGGCUAUACGAAAGAGCAGAAGGUCCGCUAUGCUACAUUUAAGAUGGCAGGGGAUGCAAAACGCUGGUGGCUUUUUGUGAAGAUGCUAGAGGAACAGAGAUUGGUAAAGAUAGCUCUGACGUGGGAGCGAUUUAAGGAGCUAUUCUUCAAUAGGUAUUUCCCCUUAUCUAUUAGAGAGGAAAAUAUUGAAGAAUUUACUAACUUGACACAACGGAGUAUGACUGUUGGGGAAUAUGCAGCUAAGUUCGUUGAACUAUUGCAUUUUGCUCCAUUCUUGAUCUUGAACGAGGUGAGGAAGGCUAGGAAGUUUGAAAAGGACCUGAAAUGA